AUGUCACAGCCUUGGCAUGCCAUUUACCCCACCCCCAGGAUCACAGCAGCCUACGUCUCACGCACCAAGCUCCUUCAAUGGCUCAAAGAGGGUAAAAAACAAACAAACAAAGACUUAAUCAUAAUUGACUUGCGUCGGACAGACUGCGAGGGCGGCAUGAUCAGUGGUUCUCUGAACCUUCCCGCGCAGAGCUUAUAUCCGAGCAUCCCAACUCUGUACUCUGUUUUGACGCAAGGCAGGAUCUCGAAGGUGGUUUGGUAUUGUGGAUCCUCCCGCGGACGAGGACCGCGCGCGGCCGGCUGGUUUGCUGAUUAUCUCGCCGAGCAACGGGAUAAUAGGAUGGAGAGCCUGGUCCUGGAAGAGGGGAUUAAGGGUUGGGUUGCGGCCGGGGAGGAAUUUACUCAGUGGAUGACCGGGUAUGAGGAGUUGAAGUGGACGAUAUGA